GUUGGUAUGGAGGGAGACGAUAUGGGGUUGCAGGUCAUAGGACUUGUGCAGCGCUCAUUGACACACUAAUUGUAUCCGAUUGGUGUGGAUAGUCAACUAGUCACUGGUCACUGCUGGAGUCCCACUACGUUUCCUGAUCCGAGAUUGCCCCAUAGCGAUUCAAAUCAUUUUUGCUGACCUCCAAUGCAAUGAUGGUCCGCAAUAUAAGCGUCGAAUGGUUCUCAGGCAUAUAGACGCGUGUCCAUCCUUUCCUGCAUGGCACCUCCUACAGGAACUACUGGAACUCAACUCGGACGAAGGGAAUGGGCCUUUGCGUUCGCUCUUGUGACGUCCUUAUUUUUUACUUGGGGUUUUGCCUAUGGUCUUCUUGAUGUACUCAACGCACACUUCCAGACCGUAUUCGGGAUCUCCAAGCUUCAGAGCACGCUCUUACAAUUAGCAUACUUUGGUGCAUAUUUCGUGUGGGCACCGUUCGCGGGUGUAUUUAUGCGACGAGUAGGAUACAAGAAAGGCAUUCAUAUCGGCCUUGGCUUGUACUCCAUUGGUGCCGUAUUCUUCUGGCCAUCCGCGAAAUACGAAUCAUAUGGAGGGUUCGUCGGGAGUACAUUCGUAAUCGGUUGCGGCCUCUCAACACUCGAGGUCGCGGCCAACUCCUACAUAUCUGUGCUCGGCACGCCUCAGUAUGCUGCCGCCCGUUUGAACUUCAGUCAAGGGUUCCAAGGCAUCGCAUCCUUUGCUGGACCCUUGAUCGCUUCACGCUGGUUUUUCACUGGUGCCAAUGCGACCAGUCUUGGCACUGUGCAAUGGGUCUAUCUUGCAGUCGCUGGCCUCGGCAUAGUACUUAAUAUACUAUUUUUCUUCUGCAACCUACCUGAAAUCACAGAAGAUGCUUUGGCUGAAGAGAUAGAUGAGGUUGGCAUCACAGACGGCCAAGGACCUUUCUGGAAGCAAUAUCGCUGUAUCUUUGGGUUUGUUGCCCAGACCGCCUACGUCGGUGCACAAGUAACCAUCGCCUCUUUCGCCGUCAACUUCCUCGUUGACCAAGGAGUUGGUAUCGACCAGUCAAAGGCUAGCCAGCUCUUCUCGUUCUGCCAGGUCACAUUCACCGUAGGACGAUUUCUUGGUGUAUUGAUGCUCAACUUUAUCGACCCUGCCUUAUUGCUAGCCUUCUACGGAUUUUGUUGUUCGUUGUUCUGCCUCUUGGUCUCUCAGCUUCCUGGGUAUAGCGCUGUCGCAUGUCUCUUCUGUCUGUUCUUCUUCGAAUCCAUUUGCUAUCCUUGUAUCUUCACCCUAGGCACUAAGAACCUCGGAGUGCACACCAAGCGGGGUUCUGGUCUUAUUGUUAUGGGUGUUGGGGGAGGGGCUUGGUACCCAUCUGCACAAGGUGCCCUCGCUGACGCAACAAAUACCCGUCACUCGUAUCUUGUCCCAGUGUCAGGUUACAUCGCCAUGACCAUUUACGCUGUCGGCCUUGUUGUCGACCAAUCGAGGAAGAACGGAUUCUCAUUCCGCAACCGCGAUGAGCUUACCGACAACUUGAAGCAUACCUCUGAUGACGUCUCUCCAACCGAGUCGCUCCCUGGUGAUGUGAAAGGACGCUCGAGCAGUGAAAAGAAGGUAUUCAGUGACGAAUUAGUUGGGGUUGCAUGAAAAUACAUUCACAAUAGAGUAAGCACGAAUACCAUGGCCUCCUCGAUCCGUAUAAGCGUCCACUACCCCGCAGAUAUUAUUAAGUAUCCAUGUAUAUAAAGAUACCAGUACCAUCCGGUGAGUAUCUAUGACGGCGACCUGAAUGACGU